UUCAUGCUUUGCUGUGUGGAAGCUGAGAAAUGCCACACAUUUACCUUUGCUAUCCCGAAUGGUCAAAGGUAAAAGACAAAAAAUGCAUAAUGGAACUCAUGGCGAGACAUAAAGAUGCGAUGUCUCGGGUAUGUUUGCUUUCACCUUGCUGUGCUUCUAGAAUAACAUCCAUCUAAUUGGUGGCGACCUCCUCAGCAUGACUAUGAUGCCCUUCCAUGAGACACGGCAGUCAGUAAACGAGACCUGCAACAGUUCCAUACAGCUGGAAUAUUUCCUGCAUUAUUCGCUUAUCCCAUCAGUUGCCAUAAUUAUUAUACUCUCCUGCCUGGAAAGAAGAGCCAGGAAAAGUCCAGUAGAUGAAAAAUGGCCUCUUCUCAACAGGAGGUGUGGGAUUGUGAUACCUUUGAAUUUUGCAGGGGCAUUCAGCAACCGGUGGUCACUAGCUUUUGCCUUCGGGGCGACGGCUAACAAAGUCAUGAUUAUGUUUUCAGAGGGCUAUUUUCCACUGCAACAUGUGCCUGAAUGGGUUCCAGCUGCCCUUGCAAUUCUUCUUGGUGCCUUGGAAGUUGGUCUUUCUUCCUAUCCACUUUUUGCUUGCCUUUCGACUCGUGCCCAGAUUGCAGGGUCCGCACUUGGAUUCCUUUACACAGGAACUUGGUUUGUGGUCGUAUUCCUGCACAUCACACAGUGCCCCCACGGGCAAAUGGUGGGAGUCUAUGAAAAUAUCAUUUUUUACUGGCCCUCUCUGCUCUGCCUGGUAUUUCUGCUAGGGAGAUUUGUCCUUACAUUUGUGAAAAUUUCAUGGUUCCAAUUCCAGUCUAAUCAAACUGGGGAAACAUCUUUCCUGGAAGUGCAUCAGGCUCAGUAUGUCCAGCAACUGAUGAGGAAGCCUCCAAAGCAGCAGCCUGAGAAAUCCUGGAUCCAGCGAAAAAUUUACAAAUGGGACCCUUGUUUUCAGUUUCCCAGCAGAAUGAUUUGCAUGGCUCUGCUGGCCAUCAUAUGCCUCUACAUGUUUGUUGUGGUGGAACGUUAUGCUUACGUGCGUGUUUCUCAUGUGCUGGAAACCUUGGAGCUGGAUUUUGAGGCACUUGCUGCUUCCAGCAACACAUCCAGGAAUGCAUCAGAAGCAGUUGCAAGUAUCCAGCGUUUGAAAGAAUUUCUUGCCAACAUAGAAGGUGUUUGGAUUUUCACCACCUUUACUGCCUCUCUCACAUGCAUCACCUACGUGUUCCACAUUUUAGCCUGCUACAGGAAACACAUGAAGCGACUGUGGGCAGGGCAGAAGGAAUUCCUUCCGCUGGUGUUCAGUAAACUUUCAUCUACUCAAAGUGUGGCAUCGAUAGCAAGAUAUUCUGGCUGGCAAAUUGCAUACAUUCUAUGGGGAUACCUGAUCAUCCACAUAGUGCAGUGUCUUUUGGGACUGGUGUUCAUGUACAUUUUCGUUUUGCCCAUCAUGAAUGGUGAAGGGAUAAACAUGUUGAAAAGUGUGGGAAUGGUGAUUCUCACAAUUGGCAUUUUUGUGGGGUUCAUGCUGAUGCAGAUUGGGACUGCUGGCAUAUUCUUCCUUCAGCCAAAGAUUUCACUGGAUGACAAGGAAAAACCUUUGGCUCUUGAUAACAGGAAAAUGUUCCACAAUUUCAACUACUUUCUCUUCUUCUAUAACGUGAUGCUGGGCCUGAGCAUGUGCCUCUUCCGGCUGCUAUGUAGUGUCAUGGUAGGAGCCUGGCUCAUUGCACGGAUAGACAGGACAAUCAUGCCCAAAGGCUACGAAGCAGCUGACAUGGGAUUCAGGACGUGGAUUGGGAUGCUCUUUAUGGACAAUUAUCACACAAACCCUACUCUUAUCUGCUUUUGUCAUGUCAUGAUGAAAACCAGAGAAAAGCAGCAACAGACUGGCACCUUGUAUAGCCACUUCAGUAAUGCAACAGAUUUUAAAGUAUCGAAUAAAGCCAGAACAAGAUGGCUGCUCUUCUAUACGCUUCUUAAAAACCCCAGCCUUUCAGCACUCAGGAAGCCAAAAUGUGCCACCGAAUCCUUUGCUUGCUAAUGUCAACAGAUGCACGGCAACCCAAACAAAAAUCCUGGAGGUUGUAUUGUAGCGUCCACCAUAUGCAGCUUCCUAACAUUGAGUCAGACCAUUGAUCUGUAACAUAAAGCUGCUCAGAUUGGAGGUGGAUCUGUUCUCCUCUUGUUCAUAGAUACCCUUUUAAAUUAGAGUUGGAAUCACAUGGCCCUUCAGAUAUUGUUGAGUUGCAGCUUCCAGCACUCCUCAACACUGGCUGUAGCUUGGCAUCGAAGAAUAAUAUAUACUUACAAUUUAAAAACAUCCCGAUUCCAGGAAUUUGUCUUGAACAAAACCCACAGGCCUUUCAGAGAAGAAUCCAAUACUACUUCUCUUGAGCUUUUUUUCAUUCCACUGUAUAAUUAUAAGAGCCUGGGAACAUUGUGUUGUUUCUAUUAUUAAACAAUCCAGAGCCACAAAUCAUUGCAUCUCUAUGAUAGAUAUAUUUAGAGACUUACCAAAGGAUACUGAUGUACUUUCUAAUAAUAUCUACACUUCACAAAAUGAACCAGAGAAUGACUCCAGAUGCCACUGGGCUGCGUAUAAUACCUUGGGUUGAGUGGUUGUUGUCAUUUUGUCUUUGCACUUCUUUGGUGCAUUUCCAUUUUUUUAUUUGUAGGAAUCUAAUGAAGCACAUUUCCAAGUGAUUCUAAGCCAAACUUUUGGACUAUAGCAGAAAAUAUCUUUUGGAUUCUUCUGCAGGAAAAAAAGAAAGAAGGAAAGAAAGAAAGAAAGAAAGAAAGAAAGAAAGAAAGAAAGAAAGAAAGAAAGAAAGGGAAGAGAAGAGUAUCAUCUGUGUGUUGUCGAAGGCUUUUAUGGCUGGAAUCCCUGGGUUGCUGUGAGUUUUCUGGGCUGUAUGGCAUUCUUUCCUGAGCUUCUGGAACAUGGCCAUACAGCCUGGAAAACCCAUAACAACCCAGUGUCAUCUGUGUUAUCAAAAGUGACAUGAUGUCAUUAUAAAUGAUGGUACUGUCAUAAAA